AUGGAUUCUGGAGAAAAGCGUCUGAAUGAGCUUGGUUAUAAGCAAGAACUGAGGAGGGAAAUGACUCUGUUCAAGACUCUGGCAAUAACCUUUUCAUGCGUAUCAGUAUUUGCUGGUACACCUCUCUACGGCCAAAGCUUGCGCUACGCAGGUCCUGCAACCUUAAUAUGGGGUUGGGUAGCUGUCACAUUCUUCACAUGGUUUGUUGCAAUCGCCAUGGCUGAGAUUUGCUCUUCUUUCCCAACCACCGGCUCUCUCUACUUUUGGGCUGCACAUUUGGCAGCGCCGAGGUGGGGGCCGUUUGCUUCGUGGUGCUGUGCUUGGCUUGAGACCAUUGGCGUGAUAUCUGCAAUAGGUGCUCAGGCGUAUUCUGCAUCACAAGCAUUGCAGAUGAUCAUUCUUAUAGCCACAGGAACAAACAAAGGUGGAGGCUAUUUUGCACCAAAAGAAGUUUUUUUGUGCAUGUAUGUGGGUCUAAUUAUCAUAUGGGCAGUACUAAACACAUUUGCCCUGCAAGUGAUAGCAUAUCUCAACAUAAUUUCCAUAUGGUGGCAGGUAAUUGGGGGUUUGCUUGUGAUUAUAAUGCUUCCUCUGGUGGCAAAGACAACACAAUCAGAUUCUUAUGUAUUCACUCAUUUUGAGACUUCUCCUGAGUCAACUGGGAUAUCUAGCAUACCUUAUUCAGUGAUUUUAUCAAUCCUUCUGAGUAUCUACUCUCUAUAUGGUUAUGAUGCUGCAGCUCAUCUUACUGAGGAGACAAAAGGCGCAGAUAGAACUGGUCCUAUAGCCAUUCUAUCUAGUCUUGGGAUUAUAUCGGUGCUUGGUUGGGCUUAUUAUAUAGCUCUCACGUUCAGCAUCCAGGAUGUGGACUAUUUGUACAAUGUAGACAAUGAGACUGCUGGAGCACUUGUACCAGCACAGAUAAUAUAUGAAGCAUUCUAUGGGAGGUUUCAUAAUUCAAAGGGAGCUGUGGCUUUCCUAUGUAUCAUCUGGGGUUCCUACUUCUUUUGUGGGUUGUCAGUUAUCACCACCGCUGCCCGAGUAGUUUAUGCUCUAUCAAGGGAUAAUGGCAUCCCCUUUUCACCAAUUUGGAGGAAGGUGCACCCUAGAAGCAAGGUGCCAACAAAUGCAGUGUGGCUCUGCGCAGCCAUCGGUAUCCUGCUAGGAUUACCCAUCUUAAAACUUGACUUGGUAUUCACAGCCAUCAUUUCAGUUAGUACAAUUGGGUGGGUCGGUAGUUAUGCAGUUCCUAUUUUUGCUAGGCUGGUGAUCGCUGAAGAGAAAUUUAGAGCAGGACCCUUCUAUUUGGGCAGAGCAAGCAGGCCAGUUUGCUUUGUGGCCUUUGUGUGGAUAUGCUAUGCAUGUUCUACCUUCUUAUUGCCAACUUUCUAUCCUCGUACAUGGAAAACUUUCAAUUAUGCACCAAUUGCUCUCAGUGUUGUUUUGACACUGAUAAUGCUUUGGUGGGUUUUGGAUGCAAGAAAAUGGUUCAAAGGACCUGUGAGAAACAUUGAUGUACAAGAGGGGAACUAUGAGGAUUAA